CUUUGACAUGUUUUUUGUGUCGAUCUGUGAGAAAAGCAUGCGGGCGGGCUUCCUCUCCGGGGCUGUGCAGCGAGGAAUGCAACGUUGUUCCUUACAGCAGCAGCGGCGGCAAAGCUAUACAGCAAAACAGUGCUGCCGUGUCGCUUCGUGUAAAACGCAAAGCGCGCAAGAUUAUAAGCUAAAGCCACACAUAAAGGGAAUCAAUUCCAGCGAUAUCUGUGUGCUCGUGUAAACAUCUUUCUAAACUAAAUGACACAGUUUCGGGCUCUUUCUACAUUGAAAGGGUGUGGCUGUCAAUCUCGCCUCACUUUCAUGACUCCCUUACUACUUAAACGAGUAGUGGACAUUCUAGAGCUCACUCGGAAGGAUGUUUCGUCUCUUCUUUGUGCUCCUGGUGCUCCUGGCAGAUGCGAGAAUGGAGGACCAGCUCAAGCCGUUCUUAGUCUCGCUCCCGGGGCAGGACCACUUCGAAUCAUUCCAGGAGCUUGCAUCCCUCGACCAACUUGCGCAUCUCAAGUUGCUCAAUGGACUUCCUGGGCAAAGGCAGGCUGUGCACAUCAAGAGCUUUAGCCAAGGUUCCUUCUACGCUUUGAUGACAGAUAAGCAGGCCAACUUUCUCCGAAGAAGAGCGAAUGUUUCAGUGCAUUCAGCGCCUGACUCGUACAUUGAAACAACGCGGACGUGGAAGUUCAUCGGUGGAAUCGAUGGCGUUUCUGGUCAAUGGGGUGAUGACUCGAUGGCGAAGAAAAACCUGUCUGACUCCAGCUCCCGCAUAUGGAGGUCAGCAGACUAUGAUCCAAAUUAUCUCUUCAACCCCGGAGACACGUCUCUCUGGGCCCAAACUGGGUAUGGCAGUGACUCAAUCAUUGGAGUUAUAGAUACAGGCUUCUCGCCGGGGUUAGAAGCCUUUCGAGACAAAGACAUGUCUCGAGCCCCCAAGAGGUGGAAAGGCAUUUGUGAGGCGGGACAACAAUUCCAAAGCUACACAUGCAAUCGGUUUGUAUAUAUCGUGUUUUCUCUUUCUUCUAGUCUUCUCCUAGAGCCAUUUGUUUGUCUUUCUUUCUGCAGGAAAGUUAUUGGAGCUAGGUUCUUCCUUGGAAACGCAAGGCGAGUACAAGCAUACUUGGACGUCAACUACUCUUUGGCAGCAAGCGACAUUCGCUCUCCUAUCGACACAAAGGGCCAUGGAACGCACUGUGCAUCAACAGUAGGAGGAAGGCAAGUCCACAACACAGGUUUAGCCUCUGGUAUGGCUGUGGGAGGAGCUCCACUUUGCAGGCUCGCAAUCUACAAAGCAUGCUGGAACCGAUGCAACUAUGCUGACGUAUUCGACGCUUUUGUAAGUGCCAUACGUGAUGGUGUGGAUGUUAUAUCCCUGUCUUUGGGCGCUGGGCUAGGACACGAUGCUGGUAGUAGGGGUGGUUUCUUAGCGCAGAAAAAAGGAAUACCAGUUGUGGCGGCUGCUGGAAACGAAGGACCGUAUGGAGAGCUAUCAAACCAGGCGCCAUGGCUGCUGACAGUUGGAGCUUGCACACUGGAUAGGGACUUUAUAGCUGAAAUGGAGCUUUGGGACGACGAUCAACAUUUUUCCAAAACAAUUCAAGUUACAUCACUCAGUGAGGGAGCUAUAUGGCCUGAAGACUCCUUCCUAAGGUUCGAUACGUUUAACUUAACGUACAGCUCAACGACUCAUACCUGGGGACGGUUUUGCAAAGAAAGUCGUGAGAAUAUGCAAGGAAAGAUUGUCAUUUGCCACGAAAGCAACAGUGCUAAUGCAGCACUUUAUUGGGGAGGAGCUGCAGCAGUUAUUUUGGUACACACCCCCUUCAUAGUACGGCAGGACUAUCGAGGGCUCAAACCCAUAUUCUAUGUCAGUUUUAGCGAGGCUGAUAUUCUUAAUGAUUUCCUCAAAACAGCAAGAUCACCUGGUGCCAUAAUUUCAAAGAUAAAAACUCUUACUGGACUGACUCCAGCUCCCCGAGUGGCAGCAUUUUCAUCAAGAGGUUCACCCAAUUUCUCAAUCAUCAAGCCUGAUAUCAUUGCCCCGGGUGUGGAUAUUUUAGCUUCUUGGCUUCCAAAGGAUGAUGCUAAAAGAUCGUUCAAGUUUCUAAGUGGUACAUCGAUGGCGACGCCUCAAGUUGCUGCUAUAGUAGCCAUGCUAAAAACUUUACAUCCAACUUGGUCCCCAGCAAUGAUCAAAUCUGCAAUUAUGACCACAGCCUCUCCAUUAGACAAUACAGGAGAACCUAUCAAGGAUUUCGAUGAAAAAGUGGCAACACCUUAUGCCAUGGGGGCUGGUUUUAUUAAUCCAAGUGAAGCAAUGGAACCAGGUUUAGUGCUGGAUUUCACUGAUUUUAUCGAAAACGACCUGGAUUGCAAAGAUUGCAACUAUCCAUCCAUAGUUGUGACGCUAUUAAAAAGCCAGAAAGUUGUGGUUAAACGGACAUUCACAGUGGUUAGUUUUCCACCUCUACCCAAGGAUUACCUAUUCUAUCACUUUCUAAAGCAUGACAUUCCUUCUGAAUUGAACGUGGAAGCACCACAUAUGGUUUUUGAUCUGGAAGAAGGCGUGAAAGUGAUAACUAUAUCUAUAACUUUCUCUCUGAAUGACACUACUAUCACUGGAACACUAUUUGGGUCACUUCUGUGGAGGUGCUAUGCUUACAAACAUCCUGGAUAUAAAGUUCGCCUUCCAUUUGUUGUCAAAGCAUAAUAAAUAAGAAUCACUGUUCA